AUGUCCACCAAGGAAGACUCAAAAGGUCAUCUUGAGCAUCUCGAACACAGCAACUCUCCAGACUCCAUCCAAGAGGUCAACAUCGAUGACCUCGAUUCUAUCGAGCAGACAAAGACGGGCAAGUUCUCCUGGCUCGUCUCCAUCACAGCUGCCAUUGGUGGCAUGCUCUUUGGUUACGAUACCGGCAUCAUCUCCGCCGUCCUCGUCUACAUCCACCAAGAUCUCGGCAAGACUCUUACAUCACAAGAGAAAGAACUCGUCACUUCCGUUACUUCUGGUGGUGCUUUCAUCGGAGCCAUCUUUGCUGGAGCCACAGCUGAUCGAUAUGGACGAAAAGUGGCCAUCUAUGUUGGCUGUCUCCUAUUCACUAUCGGUGCCAUCAUCCAAGCUGCUUCUUUUACAGUCGCUCAAAUGACCGUUGGCCGUGUUGUUGUUGGAUUCGGAGUAGGCUCUGCUGCCAUGAUUGUGCCAUUGUACAUCGCCGAGUGUUCUCCCUCAAAGUACAGAGGACGCAUGAUUGGUCUUGACAAUAUGAGCAUUACCGGUGGUCAGCUUCUCUCAUACGGCGUUGGAGCUGCUUUUGCUCAUGUUAAUGGCGGAUGGCGAUAUAUGGUGGGAGGAGGUGCACUACCGGCCAUCAUCCUAGCUUGUCUUCUACCCUUCUGUCCUGAAUCGCCUCGUCAACUGAUAUCCCAUGGUAAGGCAGAGGAGGCCGCGGCAGUCAUCCGUCGGAUUUUUCCCAAUGGCACUGAGCAGCAAGUCCAGGACAAGAUCCGGCACUUGACUCACCACGUCAACGAGGCCAAGGCUCUCAAUGCUGGAAAAUCUGGUUGGUGGGUGUUUAAGCAGCUCUAUGUUAUCCCUGCCAACUUCCGCGCUCUUGUCUCUGCUUGUGGACUCAUGGCCAUCUCUCAACUCAGCGGUUUCAACUCUCUCAUGUAUUACUCGCCUCUUCUCUUCUCACUUGUUGGCUUUUCCAACCCCGUCGCUGUGGGUACUAUUAUUGCUGGAACCAACUUCAUCUUCACCUGGGUUAACCUCAUGCUCGUCGAUCGUGCAGGUCGACGAAGAAUCCUUCUGUGCACAGUUCCCUUUAUGGGAUUUUUCCUCAUCAUUGCUGCUGUCUGCUUCAAGUUCAUCCCUAUCAAUCACGAUUUGUCCCUUGCAUCCGAUGCCAAGGUUGGAUGGGCCGCUAUUGUCGUUCUCAUCUCCAUGGUCUUCUUUGUGGGAUUUUAUUCUUCAGGUAUCGGCAACACCGCCUGGCUUUCAAGCGAGUUCUUCCCAAUGGAAGUUCGCGCUAUGGGAACCAUGAUGCUCACCAUGACCUGCUGGGGCUCCAACAUCAUCGUUGCCUCUACUUUCCUCACUCAGAUGGAGAAUACUACCCCUUCAGGCGCCUUUGGAUUCUACGCUGCCAUAUGCAUUCUCGGUUGGGCCUGCAUCUACUUCUGCUACCCUGAGGUAAAGGGAAUGACAUUGGAAGAUAUCAGGGACAUCUUCCAACACGGUUUUGGUGUUCAGCGAGCACGAGAGGUUCAGAAGGAGAUGAAGAUGGCCAACAAGGCAAUCACUUCUGAAGUUCUUACCAGGGCUUAG